GACAACUAAAGUCGAAUCGAGCUAUUGAUGUUGAUUUCAGAAAAGUCGAUAAAGAAUAUUAUCUUAAUAUUUAAUUACUAUUUUUUUUGUACCGUAUCUUUAUUUAAAUCUUGUUAUUUCUUAAAAUUGAUAUCCUAGUAACAUGGAAGGGGAUGAACUUAGUGGUGAUUUGGUUAGAUUGGAUAAUGGCUUUCUAGUCGAUGAGGAGACUUAUGUUGUAAACUCCGACGAUGUUUUGGAACAAGAAGAAAACAACUCUGAUUCUAAUAGUGGUGGAAAAAAUGCUCCUCUUCGCGAACAGGAUCGAUUUUUACCUAUUGCAAAUAUAGCGAAAAUCAUGAAAAGGGCAAUUCCAGAAAAUGGAAAGAUUGCAAAAGAUGCUAGGGAAUGUGUACAGGAAUGCAUUUCAGAAUUUAUAUCUUUUAUAACAAGUGAAGCAAGUGAUCGUUGUCAGAUGGAGAAAAGGAAGACUAUCAAUGGAGAAGAUGUGUUAUUUGCAAUGAAUGCUCUGGGCUUUGAUAAUUAUGUUGAACCACUGAAGUUGUAUCUUAAAAAGUACAGAGAAAUUGUUUUGUCGCCUGUAACUAUCAGCAAGUUAAAUAAAACAAUAGUCUUAUAUGGAAGUGAUGGAACACAAUGCGUUUCGAGUGAAAAUGAGAAUGAAACACAGACAGAAACUGUUAUAUACAGCUAUCCUAAAGUUAUUGGAGAUUUUACAAUUACUUAAACUUAAUAUGGAACAAUAAAGUGGUGUUAACAUUAAUUCAUAUUUAAGUAACCAAUAAAGGUUUAGAUAGAAAC